UAUAUACUCCUUUUGUGUAGCUUAGGCGUUCGCCACGACGUGUAACAAACUGCAAAUGAACUCGCGAGGGUGUAGAGCGUCUGCGAGGGAGACACGUUGACAAAGCCAAAAUGGAGUUUGUGGAGAGCAUGUCGCGGAGCAGCGCGGGGUUGGGAAAGUCGGCCCGGCUGCGCGUGACGCUCAUCUCGGAGCGCUCCAACUGGGUCAGCGCCGGACCCCCGCUGUCCGGGCAGCUGCUACAGCUGGACACCGUGCCUGUGGUGCUACAGCUGCGGGUGCUGGAUGGAGCGGGCAUGCCCUCCAAGCAGCCGCACCACACACACUACGUGGCGUGGACCGGCGGCGUGCUCCACGGCCCGGCGGCAGGUGGCGGCGGCGGCGGAGCCGGCUGGGGUGGUGGCGGCGGCGGCGGCGGCGCGCUGGGCGUGCCCUCCGCCCUGGCCUCGGCCCUUGGACUGCUGCCCGACAUGCAGGUGCAGGCGGCGCCGGUGCUGGGCGUGCCUCCUGCUGCCGCCGUUGAGCUGGAGCCUGUGGCCGCCAGCGACUGGGAGGUGCUGGAGGCCAACGCAGGAUGGCUGGAGGAGGCGCUGCUGGGGCAGGUGGGCGUGCUGGCGCCGGGGCAGCUGCUGACGGUGUGGGCGCGGGCCGGCGCCACGGUGCGGCUGCGCACGCUGUCCGUGGAGCCGCCGGGUGCGGUGGCGGUGCGGCUGGUGCCAGGCACGGAGCUGAGGGUGGCGCCCAAGCCGCGGGGCAUGGGGCUGCCGCUGGGGCUGCCGGCGGCGGCGGCGGCGGUGGUGGGAGGAGGAGUGGCGGCGGGAGGAGCGGCGGCGGGGGGAGGAGGGGCGGCGGCGGGAGGUACUGGGAGAGGCGUGGGAGGAGCAGCGGGAAGAGGGGGAGGAGGUACAGGGGGAGGGGGCUGGGGCGGGCCUCGGCCGGCGGCCGGCGGCGGGCAGGGGUCGGUGGCGCUAGGCGGCGGCGGGCCUGUGGUGGUGCCGCUUGCGAACGGCUGGGCUGGCAAUGGCAGCAGCGGCGGCACUGGUGGAGGAGGAGCAGGGAUGCCGCCGCCGCCGCCGGCUGUGGGAGGCUUGCAGGCGCGGCCGGCCUGGGCGGGGGCGGUGGUGAAGACGCCGAGCGGCCGCUGGACGGGGGAACACACAGCGCCCAACGGCACCGUGGCCGCAGCUGUGGCGGCGGCGGCCGCAGUGCCUGGCGCGGGGGCAGGGGCGGGGGCGGGGACAGCGGCCCAAGGGACGUCGGGUCCUACAGGUGCCGUGUCGGCGACUGCUGGCGGUGGCGGUGGCGGUGGCGGUGGCGGUGGCGGUGGCGGUGGCGGUGGCGGUGGCGGUGGCGGUGGCGGUGGCGGUGGCGGCGGCGCCGGCGUGGGGGGAGCAUCCGCGAUAGGUCAGGACACCCGACCCGCGCCGCCGCCUGGCGCCGGCUCGGCUGGGCCGCAACCGCCCAGCCCCCCUGAACCGCAGUCGCCCAGCCCCUCUGGGCCGCAGGACAGGCCGCAGCCCGGCGCGGCAGUAGCUGGUGCCCAUGCAACAGCUGCAGAAGGGGGAGCCCGGCAGGCGGGCGGCGUUGCUACUGCCGGGCAGGCGCCGGCGGCAGCAGCGGCAGUAGCGGCAGUAGCAGCACCGCAGCCGCUGCGACUGCGGGUGCUGGACCUGCCGCCGUCUCGGUACCUGGUGCCUGUGUCGCUGUCGCCGGCAGUAGCAGCAUCCGGAGGAGGUGGCAGUAGCACAAUCCCAGCCGCCACCGGUGAGAUAUCCGGCGGUGUACGGACCUGGCUGACGCUGGCUGCUGCGGUGGCGCCAGCUACAGCUCGCGCGCUGCUCGGCGGUGGCCCGUUCCCGUCACCACCUGCUACUGCCACUGCGGCAGAGCCGCAGGCGGAGCCGGAGGCAUCUGUGAGGUCAGCGGCAGCGGCGGCAGUAGCACCGGCGGCGGCGCUGGUACGGCUACACGGCUGCGGCGCCGUACGCGACCUGUUGGCGGUGUUGGUGCCCGACCCGGACUGCCCGCCCGACCACGUGAUGCUGGCGCCGCCGCUGCAGCACGUGCUGGGCGUGCUGCCGCACAUGCACGUGACACUGGCGGCGGCGGCGUCAGGCGGCGGCGGUGGCGGCGGUACGGCGGCGGCGGCGGUGGCUACGGAGGCGGCGCUGGCGGCGCUGCCGAGCGUCGCGCUGCACCCGCUGCCGGUACCACCGCUGCGCUUUGCAUCUACGUCGGCGGCCGCCGCCGCCGCUGCGGCGGCAACGGCUGCCGCCGUGGCGGCGGCAGCCGCCGCAGCGUUGGGCGGCCGGGGAGCGGCAGCGGCUGUGCCGCCGCCACCAGCGGCGCCUAUGGCGCCGGAAGAGCGGCACUAUGAGUCCGCAGUGGCGGCGGCGGCGGGGGCGGUGCUGCCCUCAGAUGAGGAGCUGCUGCCACUGCCGCAGUCGCUGCCGCUGGCUCUGAGUCAGGCCGUACAGCAGUGGAUGGCGGCGCAUCUAGAGGGGAUGCGAAGGGCGGUGUUGUACGGCAGCCGUGUCGACCGGUGUCAGGGCAGUUACGGCAGUACGACAGUCGAGGCCAGCGGCGCAGGCAGCGGCGGCGGCGGCGGCGCCGGUGGCGGCAUGUGUGGUGACGGCGGCGUGGAGUCGGCGGCAGGGGAGGCGGCAGCGCUGGAUGCCGGUGCCGCUAGGGGUGGUGGUGAGGGCGAGGGUGGCGACGUGGCAGCUGCGGCGGCGGCCCUGGUGCUGCCACUGGCGUCGGGGCUGGUUGUGCACUUCCAGAUACCACCAGGCGGCGGCGGCGGCGGCGGCGUUGCCGGGGGUGGGGGCGGCAGUAGCUCCCUUGAGGCUCAGGGCGCGAGUGCAGGCGCGGGCGCCGUGCGUGCGGCAGCGCUGCCCCCUCCUCCUCCUCCUUGCGGAGACUACUGCCUGAUAGCGCACGUGGUGCCGCGCCGCACCGGCCCGCACACACACACGCACACGCCGCCGCCGCUGGUGACGCCCGCGCUGCUGGAGGCCCUCGCGGCCGCCACCCGCACAGCAGCCGCGCGGAGCGCCGCAGCCGCCGGCACGGCGGCGGCGCAGCCGCAGCUGCUACUGCCGCUGCCUGUGAAGCUGGGCCAGGCUGUAGCUCUGCCGGAUGUGUCGUACCCGGCGGCCAAGCCGGCGGCGGCGGCGCUGGUGCCGCGGCCGCUGCCGCCGCCACCCGUGCCCGGCUUGCUCGCCGCGUUCACCCCUACCGCCGCGGCCGCCACAGCGGCCACCCCCAGCCAACUGGCGGAGCCCACACCAACACAGCUACAACAAAUGGAUCCGGAUCCCAGCUCCCUGGGUUUAAACCUGGAUCUUGAUUUGGAUCUGAGCCACAUCAGCUGGCUAGGGGACCAGCUGCAGUCCUGCCUCCUGCGGCUGCUGCCGGCGCUGCAGCCGCCACUGGCGGAGGCGGUGGCGAGGACGGGGUUGCCGCGGUGCGGCGGUGUGCUGGUGACGGGGCCGCCGGGCAGCGGUCGCUCGCAGCUGCUGGCGGCGCUGGGCGAGCUGUCGGAGCGGCUGCCGCGCGGCCCCGCACACGUGCUGAUGGUGCGGUGCGGCCAGCUGGCAGGCGCCUCCCACGGCGCCGCCACGACCGCUCUGGCCGCCGUCGCCGCCGAGGCUCUGGCUCUGUCGCCCUGCCUGCUGCUGCUAGAUGACCUGGACAGGCUGUGCCCCAGCGCCGCGGAGGGGCCGGAGUACGGCAUGCAGCACCCUGACGGCGCCGCCGCCGCCGCCCGCCUCGCCAACUGGCUGGCGGCGCUGUUGGACGAGCUGGCGGCGGCGCCGCUGGCGGCAGUCAAUGCGGCGGCGGAGGGGCUCGGCGGCGGCGGCGCGGUGGCGGCGGCGCUAGCGGCGGCGGCGCCGCGGCCAGUGCCGGCGGUGGCGGUGGCGGCGACGGCGCGCGACGCGGCGGCUGUGCAUACGGCUCUGCGGCGAGUGGGGCGGCUGGACUUUGAGGUGCGGCUGCCGGCGCCCGGGUCUGCCGGCCGCGCCGCCAUGCUGGCUGCGGCGGCGCGCAGCAGCGGCGUGUGUGUGGACGCAGGGGAGCUUGCGGCGGUGGCGGGGGCCGCGGAGGGCUUCGAGGGGGUUGACCUGAGGCGGCUGCUGGACAGGGCUGUGCUUCAGGCGCUGCGGCGCCAGCUCACGGCAGGACCCGCCUCUGCAGCGGACAGCAACGGCCGCGCCCAACCACUGCAGCAGCAGCAGCAGCAGCACCAGCACCAGCACCAGCACCAGCACCAGCACCAGCACCAGAGCCAGCAGCAGUCGGCAAGGGAGCACCCCGGCACGGCGCUCACCGCUGCCAGCCCCACCCAGUCCGCCUCUGCCUUGAAAGCCUCAGGCGCCGCCGCUGUUCCUGCUGCUGCUACUGCUGCUGCUCCUCCUGCUGCUCCUCCUGCUACAGCCGCGAGCUCGAGUCUCCCGGGCCUACAAGUGACUCCAGCCGACUUGAGGGCCGCCAUGACGGACUUUGUGCCGGCGGCGUUCUGGGGCGUGCAGCAGGCGGCGGCGGCGGGCGGCAGGGCGGAGGGCUGGGAGGACGUGGGCGGCCUGCGGGACGUUGUGUCCAGUCUGCGGGAGGCGCUGACGCUGCCCAUCCGGCACCGCGCGCUGGUGGCGGCGGCGCCGCUGCGGCUGCGCACGGGCGCACUGCUGUACGGCCCGCCGGGCUGCGGCAAGACGCACGUGGUGGCGGCGGCGGUGGCGGCGGUGUCCAAGAUUGCGCCCGUGCGCUUCCUUACUGUCAAGGGUCCGGAGCUGCUCAACAAGUACAUCGGUGCCAGCGAGGCGGCCGUGCGCGACCUGUUCGCGCGGGCCGCCGCCGCCGCCCCCGCGGUGCUGUUCUUUGACGAGUUCGACGCCAUUGCGCCGCCGCGUGGGCACGACUCCACCGGCGUCACGGACCGCGUGGUCAACCAGCUGCUGACCGAGCUGGACGGCGUGGAGGGGCUGCGUGGCGUCAUCGUGUUGGCCGCCACCUCCCGACCCGACCUCAUCGACGCCGCGCUGCUGCGGCCGGGGCGGCUGGACCGGCUGCUGUUCUGCGGGCCGCCGCAGGGGCCGGCCGAGCGGCUGGAGAUCCUGCGAGCGCUCAGUCGGCGGCUGAAUCUGGAUCCAGACGUGGAUCUGCGUCAGGUGGCGGAGGCGGGCGAGGGAAUGACAGGCGCCGACCUCGGCGCGAUCCUGUCUGAGGCGCAGCUUCACGCCGUCAACGAGAGCGUGGAGGCAGCCACUGCUACUGCUGCGGCUGCUGGCGCCGGCGGUGGUGCUACUGCCAGUGCGGCUACUGCCGGGGCAGCUUCUGCCGGCGCUGCGGCGGCUGGCGGCUCCUCCAGCUCAUCAGGGCGCACUGCUGCUGAUGCUGAUGCUGAUGCUGAUGCUGCUACUGCUGCUGCCGGCGGCGCCGCCGCAGGCGCCAUGGCAGCGGCCUCACCAACACCUCCACCUGCGACGUCAGCGGCCCCAUCCCGACAAGCCGCAGCACCCGCAGCACUCGCAGCAGCCGAACUGGCACCGGCGCAGGCGGGUGGCCCCGCCAUCUGCAUGCGCCACCUGUGGCGGGCGCUGGCCACCGCGCGGCCCUCGCUGCCCGCCUCCGAGGCCGCCCGCCUCCGGGCGCUGUACGCGCGCUUCCAGGCGGACCGCGCCGCGCCGGGCGGCCGGCCGCCCAGUGAGGCAGACCCCAGCCGCAGCGGCACACGUGCCACUCUGGCGUAGGGUUGGGACUUGGGAAAGGGUUUGGACUUGGGAAUGGGAGAGUGUGGGUUGUUAUAGCAUGGCGUGGUGUGGGGAUGGCAAGGGGUGGGAAGGGGGGAAUUCAUGUUGGCGUACGAACUUAGCAUGGGCGGCGGCUGCGAGUGAAUGGGGUAGUGAGCGUGCUGGGGCGACGGAUGAGGACAGACAGGAAUUGGCAGGUAUUCCCGUGGUCUUACGUGGUUGCCGGAGCUAUCGGCUGGAAGUAUGGAUGCGGUGCGGUGCUUUGAUGUGGUAGUGUGCCAACUGGUCAAUGCGUCUGCGAUGGUCACUUGGGAGCAGAGCGUCAUGGCGCGCUCGCGGGCAGGGCAUUACGGCGCGCUCAUUUCUGCCAAGGCUGCUGCAGCCCGCACGCCUAGCCAAUAAGCCAAUUGAAUGACGCUGGUGCUACGGCGGCAGUACUUACUACCAGGCGCUACACCCCCUGUAGCAGGGUGCCGUAAACAGGGUAGUACAAAGGUGUUCAGGCCUCAGCUUUUGUGCCGUUGUGCAUCUGUGAGCUGCAAGCAGCGGCGUUGAUGACCGUGUUCAUGGCGCCCCACUGACCCGCCAGAUCCAGCUGGACCCCAGCCAGACCCUAGCCCCACUUGACUCUGAAGCUGAACCUGAACCUGAGUCUGCCGAAACGCCA